CGCAUUGAGCCAUUGACGAGUCAACAUCGAACACAAUACCGGAUAACGUUUCACGGCUGCAAUUGUGCCUCCGAAGGACCCAGAUUGUCCUUUGGAGCAUUUGGAAACCGAAUUAAACUGCUCUAUCGCUACACGCAGUGUCCCCUCCUCGCGACUCGUUUGCUGGAAACCUCCGACUUCGCUGUCGUGCUCCUCUUGAGCCCCCUCUCGCCCUUGACUCGACUCUGUUAAGCUGCACGCUGCACUUGAAGAACCCUCCUGUGGUUUAUAAAGGGUAAAGUGAUGGAUCUCGUGAAAGAUCUAGAGGAUCGCCUUCUCUUCGCUAUCCCCAAGAAGGGGAGGCUCUCACAGCCUUGCCUUGACCUCCUUCGUGGCUCAGACAUUAAAUUCAAUAAGCCUCAGAGACUAGACAUUACUCUUGUCAGGAACCUCCCGAUCGCGCUCGUCUUCUUGCCCGCUGGAGACAUACCACGACUAGUCCAAAGAGGGCGGAUAGACUUGGGCAUAACAGGACGAGAUCAAAUUGCUGAGUAUCAGCUACGAGAUCCGCCUCGGGAUGAUGGGAAGGGGAUAGACGAGGUCUUGGCAUUGCCGUUCGGAGGCUGCAAGCUUCAAGUUCAGGUACCGAAAGACGGAGAUAUCACCGAGCCCAAGCAACUGGUUGGGAAGACGGUGUGCACGAGCUUCCACCACCUGACAAGUUCGUACUUCGCGAAAUUCGAGGCAGACGCCACUGGAGCAGCCGCCAAUGGAGAUGCGAAUGGGGAGUUGAAAACGGAAAUUGAGUGGGCUGGUGGUAGUGUCGAGUCGUCGAUUGCGCUCGGAGAUGCGGUGGGCAUUGUGGAUCUAGUUGAGUCUGGCGACACAAUGAGAGCGCAUGGUUUGAAAGCCAUUUCCACCGUCCUCGAAAGCACCGCAGUGCUCAUCAAAUCAAAACGCGCCAGAAACCCCGAGCUCGUGAACCUUAUUGCUUCCAGAAUACGCGGUGUAAUAACCGCCCAAGCAUAUGUGCUCUGCACGUACAAUAUCAAGCGAGAGUUGCUUCCGAUCGCCUCCAAGGUCACGCCUGGAAAGAGAGCCCCAACCAUCAAUUCAUUGGAGGAGGAAGGAUGGGUGGCGGUCAGCUCCAUGGUGGAAAGGAAGAAGAUCGCCGAAGUGAUGGACGAGCUGGAAAGGAUUGGUGCGGAAGACAUUCUGGUGCGGACUAUUGAGAAUGCAAGGUCAAGUUAAAGCGCAACAAACAGUUGCACCGAAAGUUCUUGGACGUAGAGAGACAAUGUCUGACAUGUUAUGAUAAUUAAAUGCGAAAUUCGCC